GCACCGCCGGAGAGAGAGAGAGGCGGGGAGAGAGUGCUGUUUACCCUGAGAACAGACCUCAGCUUUACACUCAUCCAGCUGCAUUACCGGGACAACAGCUGCUUCUCAUCACAGCCACUUUCCGUCCGCCGAGCCUUCGCCAAAUUACGCGUUACGCACAGUCAUGAUUUUGACGCACAGGUGAACUUCUCUCCUCGACGCGCCUCGAUCACAAGGAAAAAGUGUUUGGACACUGAAGGCAAACCCAGCUCGUUUGUUUCACGCUCUCCUCCGGUGUUAGUUGCUCGAAGCUGAACAGGUGAUUAGAGCCAUGUCCAGGAAGAAGGCAGUGAAGAGCAAAGGGAGCUCUAAGAGCCCCAAGGCGUCUCCGAGCAGCGGGAGGACGGGGAAGGGUCUGGCCGCGGCUGCUGCUCCGUCCUCCGGGCUGGUUUACCCCAGCAGACCGUCCAUCAGCAACAGCGGAGAGUUCUAUGACAUCGCCUUUAAGGUGAUGCUGGUGGGGGAUUCAGGUGUGGGAAAGACCUGUCUGCUGGUUCGCUUCAAAGAUGGAGCCUUUCUAGCUGGAAGCUUCAUCUCCACUGUGGGCAUCGACUUCAGGAAUAAAGUCAUGACCAUCGAUGCUGUGAAGGUCAAACUGCAGAUUUGGGACACUGCUGGUCAGGAGCGUUUCCGGAGCGUCACACACGCUUAUUACCGCGAUGCUCACGCUCUGCUCCUUCUGUAUGACGUCACCAACAAAGCGUCCUUCGACAACAUCCGGGCAUGGUUGACAGAGAUUCAUGAGUACGCCCAGCAGGACGUGGUCGUCAUGCUGCUGGGCAACAAGGCUGAUUCCACACAUGACAGGCUGGUAAAGCGAGAGGAAGGAGAGAAACUGGCAAAGGAGUUUGGAGUGCCCUUCAUGGAGACGAGCGCUAAAUCCGGACUGAAUGUGGAGCUGGCCUUCACUGCUGUGGCCAAAGAACUGAAGCACAGGACCAUGAAGGAACCAGACGAGCCAAAGUUCCAGCUGCAGGAGUACGUCGACAAAGAGAUGAGGACCGUCGGCUGCUGCCGUUCAUAGACAACAACAACUACGUGUGUGUCUGCGUGUGUGUUUGUGUUUGUGCGAGAGAGAGAGAGAAAGAGAGCGAGACGAAGUGAGAGAACAGGUACAUUGUGUUAGACAUUGUAAUAAGCUGGAGUGUGUGUGCCUGGAACUAACCCUGAAAUCCUCAGUGUUUGUAAUAUUUCUCUGUGGUUAUUUGGCCAAUAUGCUCUCUCUCCCAACCCACCUUUCCUCUGCAACUGUGAAUGUAUUAUAACUCCUGUCUACAUGCUUGCACAUACACAUGCACGUCCACACACAGACACUCACACAUUUACAGCUAGAACUUCACUUCACAGCCUGCUGAAUUCAUUCUGUGCAGUUUUUCCAUAAGUGAUGUACAUAUUUUAAAUGUAAUUUUGAUUGUGUGCUCUGAAAGCUUUGUAGUUUGUAAAUGCCUGUCUUGUUGAAACAAAACGAUAUGGACACAAAUAUGUUGAAUAUCAAAUCAAUCUUGUUAAACUAAUAGAAACACGUUUGUACAAAAACACUACUGCACCUAAUGUAAGCUGUCUAAUGGCACUGUGUGCUGUUAAUGUACAGGAUAUCAUAUAACUGUUUUAAUAAUACUGAAAUGUAAGUGACUUGAGCUGUUGUCCUUUUAUACACAGCUUAUUUUAAUUUUGAGUUAAAAGCUGUGUGAUGUAAUGAAUAAAUCUCCCUCAGUAAUUAGUAGACAAUUUUAAAUGUAUAAAACAGCAUCAUCAGCAUCAGGCUGUAGGCCUCCAUUGACCUCUGAAGAUAGCAGAAAUGUACAUAUUCGGAAGGGGGCGCCGUUAUUCCGAAUAACUGACAUGUUAAUCCUUUUUCAGAAAGUGAAAGAAAAAUAUAUCCAAGGGAACACAAGACAAGACAUUCAUAGGAAAUUUUAUUUAAAUUUGGAAAUAAAAAACAAAUUGAAUAUCGGGGGUAAAAGUUCAGUAGAAUCAGUAUUUUUCUAAAUUUACCCAAACAGCAAGUGAAAACUAAACAAAGUUACAAAAUCAAAGUAAGAGUGUAAAAAUAAUGGCCUGACACAGAACACAAAUCUCUGUCUUCUGGGGGAAAGUCCUUUUCUUACACAAAGAACAUCCAGCCCAAACUCAUUAUACUGCUCUGUUAAACUGGAAAAACUCUUAUGUGUCUAGUGGUGUCAGAUAUUGAUGUCAGUAGCACCACUAACAAAAGGCGAAUCUGCUAGAUGCCAGCGGCUUUGACAAAUUGGCAGUAUUUCACAUCCUCUGAAUAAGUAAGGCUUAGGUUGAAAUUUUGUAUUAUUUUUUAAAUUAAGGUAAAUAUUGCUUGUGUUGAAAUAAAAGUUAUUUAUUACUUUCUACUCUUUCUACACACCACAAUGAAUGUUUAACUCAGUGUUUAAAACUACGCCAAACAUCUGAAUCUUUGUCACCACUUUGCAUCAAAAUGUUCAAACAAUGUAAAUUAAACCCACAAUACAUGAAUACAGUAGAUAUUAAAUGUACCGUUGUUUUCAUUGCAGUCAUACAAUUUUGAAACGUGAACUGCAUAGAAAUACUGAAACAUUUCUAAGCUUUGAGGAGGGAUUGCUUUAACUUUCUUUUUUGUAAUUUUCUCUGCUGAAGUUUUGUAAGUCCUGCCAGUCACUAGAGAUGUAGAGAUGUAGUUGGUGUUUGUUGAUCUUUGCUAAACUAUCUUUGGGUUACGGCCAUUAGCAGAACUACCAGUUGGUAGUGGGUUGAGAGAUACAGUGCUGCUAUCGUGAGAUGCUUGAAAGAAGGAGGAUUUUCAGCAGUUUGUUUGAAUCUGUAAGGUGUAGGUGUUUUCAUUGGUUGGAAAACUGUUUCAUUUUUCCAGAUGUUUUAUCAAAGAUUUCUGCUAAUGUUGAAAGCACCAUUAACUUUUUCAGGAAAUACAAAACUUUACAAUGGAUCAUCCAUUUUCAGAAUAAAUCAUUAAUUUAUUGUUAACUUGUAAUCUGUAUACUGUAUCUUUAAUGAGAUAGUUUGUAUUGUACCAAUCUCCUGUGUUCACAAUAAAGAAUCUAUCUGAA